UAACAACAACAAGGCAUAAUGUUAUUGUCUGGAGAAGGUCAAGUGUGAUGAUUCUAAGACUGUGUAGGUAUGAGACUACACAGUUGAAGAGAACUUAAAUGAAUUGAUUAGUACUACCUAUAUUAACAAGGUGUAUCUUGUUUUCUGGUAGCCCAUCACGAAAGAACUCCACGGUUAAACGUGCUUGACCUGGAGUAAUUUCAAGAUGGGUAUGCGAGUGAGGACAAAACACGCUGGAAAAAUAUUCCAUGAAGCAACCAAAAUGACGUACUCGUGUACAAGAGCUAUCAUUCUAUGGGUGUAAGGGCCCAAUGGAGGCUUAAAGUGGGGACGUUACAUAUUCUGUAUGCCCCUGUUUUCUGUCAAUUAUUGUGCUCGGUUUGAAAAUAUUGUCAUUGCUAAUUGUUUAAUUGUUUAAAGUUUCAUUUAUUUGAUUCUGCACUUUUAGUCGUAAUUUUCCCACAUGUACUUAUAAAUUUAUAAGGUACAAAUAAAAUUUCCUAAUUUAUUAAUAUACGAUGAUAUUUAAAAAUAGAAACUAAUAUGUAAAAAACCUAGAAGAUAUACAUAAUAAAAUAUCAAAAUUGUUCAUUUAAAGUUUAAACAAAUAUUUUUUACUAUAAAAUUGAUUAAAUUAAACAACUUAAUAUUGUUAUUACUGAUAAUUUUUUAAAUUAUCUCAAAGUUAGUUAACUCAUACUUUUUCUUUUCUUCUUUUCAGGAAUUAAACUAUCAAACAACUAGACAUAAAAGUAGCAUUAAAUUAAGCUAAAAAUUAACUCAUGUUAUUGUUGUGACCAAGUCUUAUAAUAAUUUUAAUUGGUUGCAUAUUCUAACAAAUAUUUCAACAUAUAAUUUCCGAAAAUAAAAGAAUAUUUGGUAUAUAGAAACAAACAAAGCCAAUUUUAGAAAAUUCAAACUUUUGUAGUGACAAAAGCACUACUAUAUACAACAAUUAACUACAAUUAAUAUAUCAUUAACUACACUAAACCAAAAUCACAACCAAACCCUAAAAUAGUUUAAACAAAAUGUCCCAUACAUUAUGCAUGCAUGCAUAUUCUUCUUACUAUAAUAUUAUCCAUACGUACGUACUCAAAAUAAUAAUAAUAAUAAUGCUUCGUUCAUUAACCCUUCUUUUUCUUUUUCUCCUCUUCCUCACCAUAGUCGUGGCCUUUCGCCACAACGAUGAGGAAAGUAGCGAGAACAAUGAAACAGAAGAACAGGCAUCGUCGACAACUUCUCUUUAUUUAAAGUUUUUGAUGUUGGCCAAACUAAAGUGUCUGAUUGUCAUCUUUGUUGGGACUUUCUUCGCGGGCGUGUCCCCAUAUUUUUUCAAAUGGGAUGAGGGUUUUCUUGUUCUCGGUACGCAAUUCUCAGGAGGGGUUUUUCUUGGAACGGCCUUUACACAUUUCCUAGUAGAAGCAAACGAGACUUUUAAAGAAUUGAUCGAAAGAAAGUAUCCAUAUGCUUAUAUGAUCGCGUGUAUUGGUUAUUUGUUGACUAUGUUUGCAGACUCUAUUGUUUUUCAUGUGUGUUCGAAACAAGAUGAUGAUGAUAUUGAGUAUCUUGGUAAUUGUGAUGUUGAGAAUGAAAAGAUGAGUCAAAUUGGUGGAAUAACUACUCUACAAACUCAGUUACACUUUCAACAAAGCCAUGAGAGUUAUAGUAACAACAACCAUUGUACAUCAAAUCUAGCUGCAAGUGUUACAAGAGUGAAGUCAUUUGAGGGAAAUGUUUUGUUGAUUAUUGUGUUAUGUUUCCAUUCAAUCUUCGAGGGAAUCGCCAUUGGAGUAGCCGAGACCAUAUUCGAUGCUUGGAAAGCCUUGUGGACAAUCACUUUACACAAAAUAUUUGCAGCCAUAGCCAUGGGAAUAGCCCUAAUUCGGAUGAUCCCCAACCGCUCUCUGAUCUCAUGCUCGGUCCAUGCCUUUGCCUUUGCGAUUUCGAGUCCAUUUGGGGUUGGAGUAGGACUCAUCCUUGAUGCCAUUGCACAAGGUCAUGUGGUUGAUUGGAUCUUUGCCAUUUCUAUGGCUUUGGCUAGUGGUAUCUUCAUUUAUGUCUCAAUAAACCAUCUUUUAAUCAAAGGCUACACACCUCUUGAUAAGAAUAAUUUUAGUGUAAAUAAAUCUCAUUACAAGUUUUUGGCUGUGCUGUUUGGUAUUGGGGUGAUUGAUGUUGUGAUGAUAUGGGAUAAUUGAACUCACACCAUAUAAAAUUGUUCUUGUAUAUAUACAAAAAGAAACCCUACUUUUGGUGGGUUAGGUUGUUUCUCUUGUACUAGAUGAUGUUGUAAAUUAGAAUAUUGGAUUUUAAUUUUUAUUAUUAAUGCAAAAAUAUUUUAAAUUGUUCAAGAUGAGAAA